GCAUCUGAAAAAAUACGGAUUGAAAUUAUAUCACUCGGUUUUACUGAGCCACAAAUUGCAUCAGAUGAAACAAUACAGCAGCUGUUUGUAGAAUGCAGAUUAUCCAAUUUCCUUGCAGAGGAGACCCCACUGUCCCUUCGAAAACCUACAGGUGGUCGGAGGAUUCACUAUAACUAUAGCAAUGUGAUAUAUGUGGAUAAGGCAAAUAAUUGGGCAAGAAGAGAGUAUCUCAAGUCUAUGUUUCUAAAGCCAGAUCUACAUACUGACAGCCUGCAGUUUACAGUGGUCAGUGACCCCCCAGAUGAUGAAGAGGAUCUUGAAUGUGAAGAUAUUGGUUUCGCUUAUGUCAGUUUGAGAAAGAUACUCCAGGAGCAAAGAGAUAUCAUUGAGCAAGAUAUUGAUGUUUUCGAUUCAAAAGAUGAUAGUGCAGUAAUUGGGAAGCUCAAAGUAACAGUGGAAGCCCUCCAUGUGCUGCGUUCAGUCUAUGAGGAAUGCGAAGAAGACUGGGAGGCAUGAAAGGGAAAUUUGCCUACAGAAGUUGCUUCUCCCAGUGUAAAUACAUGCUUGAUAGUGCUUCAAAGAUGAGAUCUUUGUAAUUCUUACAGUAUAUUUAAUGUAUAAUUUAUAUGAAAAGGACGCUUGAUUUGUAGUUGUAAAGUUUUGUAUACUUUUCA